AUAUAUACACAUCUCAUGGUGAGCUAAUUUGACAAAACAAGAUAAUGGAAGGGAUAGAUCACAAGUCAAUAAAAGCAAAUGGGCUCAACAUCCACAUAGCAGAAAAGGGUGAAGGUCCAUUAGUCUUGUUGAUACAUGGCUUCCCUGAAGUGUGGUACUCUUGGCGCCACCAGAUUCUUUCUUUAGCUGAUCAUGGUUAUCGAGCCGUGGCACCGGACCUUCGUGGCUACGGUGACACAACAGGGGCGCCGCUCAACGACCCAACUAAGUUCACAAUCCAUCAUUUGGUGGGUGACAUGAUUGGGCUUCUUGAUGCCAUCACAAAGGAAGGGGAAAAGGUGUUUGUUGUGGGUCAUGAUUGGGGUGCCAUCAUUGCUUGGCAUUUGUGCAUGUUUAGGCCUGAUCGAGUCAAAGCUUUGGUCAAUAUGAGCGUCCCGUUCAUCCCAUGGAACCCAAAUGCAGACUUGAUCCAGAUGUUGAAUACUGCUUAUGGAGAUGAUCAUUACAUGACCAGAUUUCAGGAACCAGGAGACAUAGAAGCUGAACUGGCUAAAAUGAGUCCUAAAACAGUAAUGAAAAAGUUCUUGGCAUACCGUGAUCCAGAUCAAAUUUACUUUCCUAAAGGUCAAGGAUUUCGAUAUUCACCCGGUGAUACCCCAGUGGACUUGCCACAUUGGUUGUCUGAACAAGACCUUGAAUACUUUGCUAGCCAACUCGAAAAAACAGGCAUUACUGGUGGAGUCAACUAUUAUCGUGCUUAUCAUUUGACUUGGGAGCUUACCGCGGCAUGGAACGGUGCUAAAGUGAUGGUGCCAACAAAAUUCAUCAUCGGGGACCUCGAUUUGACCUAUCAUAUGCCUGGCAUGAAGGAUUAUAUGUUAGGUGAAGGGUUUAAAAAAGAUGUUCCCUUGUUGGAACAAGUUGUUGUGAUGAAAGAUGUAGCUCACUUCAUUAACCAAGAGAAGCCUAAUGAUGUCAAUAAACAUAUUAUCGACUUUCUACAGAAAUUCUAGUUUUUGAGAUUGUACCAUUUUUUUGCUCAAACUAGUAUGGACCAAAAUGAAGCUGUAUGUCUUAUGAUAUUCAUGCUAUUAAUUAACUUUGGUUACUUAUUUUAAUUA